GCACACACGCGGCUUUCAUGUUUCUUUUUCCUCCCAGAAACCCUCCUCUUGUCAUUCGCUUCCUUGUUCUUCUUUCCUCCGUAAGCCCCUCAAAAUCUGGUUUCUUUAUCCUCCUCUCGUUUCAUUCUCCAUCAACAUCUGUUUCUCCGCUGCUACAAAUGCUAUCUAUGCCUUCAUUCUUCUCCAUAUCUGCUGGUUAGGGAGCCGGAGCCGGAGCCUUAAACCCUUGAAGUCUCCUCCUUUCUCCUUGUUCUUGUUGUGGUGGAAAUUUGUGCUUUCGCUUCUUUUCUUUUUAGAAUUAGGGUUUUGGGGAUGGGAGGAGGAUGGAAGGUGGAGAAACUGGUGGCUGUGCGGCGCUCGCUGCGGACGAGCCUGGACAGGUCGCGGGCGCUGGGCGCCGCCCUCGCCCGCGCCGGGCCCCGCCUCGACGAGAUCCGGCAGCGGCUUCCCCCGAUGGAGGCCGCCGUCCGCCCGAUCCGCGCCGACCGCGACGCGCUGGCGGACGCAGGCGGGCACAUUGAUCGCUCCGUCGUCCCCGCCGCCGCCGUUCUCAAGGUCUUCGACGCGGUCCAUGGCCUCGAGCGCUCCCUCCUCUCCGACCCCCGCGCCGACCUCCCCGGCUACCUCGCCGUGCUCAAGCACCUCGAGGAGGCCCUGCGCUUCCUCUCCGACAACUGCGGCCUCGCCGUGCAGUGGCUCGACGACAUCGUUGACUACCUCGACGACCAAACCCUCGCUGACCAGCGCUUCAUUAUGGGUCUCAAGUCCUUCCUUGUCUCUCUCAAGUCCUCGCCUUCGCCUCUCGACGGCGGCCUCCUCGCGGCCACCCUUGACAAGCUCGAAUCCGAGUUCCGGCUCCUCCUGGCCGAGCACACCACCCCUCUUCCGAUGCCCCCCGACACAUCCGACGCUUCCACCAUCUCCACCUCCCCAAUCCCGGUCCUCGUCAUCAACAAACUCCGCGCCAUCCUCGAGAGGAUGACUGCAAAUAACCUGCUUGAUCGCUGCGUCUCGAUCUUUGUGGAUGUCCGAGGAUCCAACAUCCGCGCCAGCCUCCGAGCGCUCAACCUCGACUACCUGGAGAUCACGCCCAAUGAGUUCAAUGACGUGCAGAGCAUCGAAGGAUACAUCGAGAAGUGGGGUCGUCACCUUCAGUUUGCCGUCAAGCACCUCUUCGAGACCGAGCUCAAGGUCUGCGUCGAGGUGUUUGAGCAAACCGGACCACCUGAUGUAGCUGUAUCAUGCUUCGCUGAUAUUGCUGCGCGGGCUGGAAUCCUCGGAUUCCUCCGGUUUGGGACGAUUGUCACCGAGACAAGGAAAGAUCCCAUCAAACUUCUCAAGCUUCUUGAUGUCUUUGCAACACUGAACAAAUUAAGAUUGGAUUUCAACCGGCUUUUUCGAGGAAAAGAUUGUGUUGAGAUCCAGAACCAAACUAGGGAUCUUAUUAAGAGAGUGAUCGAUGGGGCUUGUGACAUCUUUUGGGAGCUUUUGCAUCAAGUGGAGCUACAAAGACAGAUGCCACCACCUUCUGAUGGAGCUGUGCCAAGGUUGGUGAGCUUCAUCACUGAAUACUGCAAUAAACUUCUCAGUGAUGAGUAUCGGCCAGUUCUUACUCAAGUUCUGAUCAUACAUCGGAGCUGGAAGCAGGAGAAGUUUCAAGAAGAAAUGCUAACUGAUGCGAUUUUGGAGAUAUUUAAAGCCCUCGAGGCUAACUUUGACAUUUGGUCUAAGAGCUACGGGGACACUUCACUUUCCUUCCUAUUUGCAAUGAACACACAUUGGCAUUUCUACAAGAAUUUGAAGGGGACUAGGCUGGGGGAGCUGUUAGGCGAGGCAAAGUUGAAAGAGCAUGAGCAGUACAAGGAUUAUUAUGCUGCAUCUUUCUUGAGGGAAAGCUGGGGAAAGCUUCCACCUUUAUUGAGCAGGGAAGGGUUGAUAUUGUUCUCUGGGGGUAGGGUCAAGGCUCGGGAUCUUGUGAAGCAGCGUUUGAAAGGUUUCAACGAGUCCUUUAAUGAGAUGUAUCAUAAGCAGUUGAGUUGGGUUAUAUCAGACAAGGACUUGAGGGAGAAGAUGUGUCAAUUGGUAGUGCAGACUAUUGUUCCUAGCUACCGGAGCUAUAUGCAGAACUAUGGGCCUCUGGUCGAGCAAGAUUCAAGUGCAAGCAAAUAUGCAAAGUACACAGCUCAAAGCUUGGAGAAGAUGCUUGGUUCUCUUUUUCAGCAUAAACCCGGGAGAACAAUGAGUCUCAGCAUUGGGCACUCAAAUGGAAAAUUGACUAGUGUGAUGAACAACCUGUCUCGCUCUGCCUCUACCGUGAGUUGAUGAAGCCAUAUCUCUGUUUAAUUUGAAGGAAAAGUCAAUGCUUAUUCUCCACAGGCACAGCAGUCGAAAGUAGAAGUCGAUUUUACAGUAGUCCUUGUUGGUUAAUGGAUAUUUGAUGCAGCAGCAUGUGAUGGUGGCCCGAUGCAACAAAUUUUACAAACUUGUUACAUUGGGUAACUGGGGAUAAGAGGGCCCCUGAAUGUGGAAGCUGAAAUUGAAGCAUGCUAUAGUCAAAUUAAUUUGUGCAUAUAUGUCUUGAGAAAUAGUAGGAUGGUGGUGACCAUGUGAUUAAUUCUUUGGCACAUUUGUAGUAGAAGUUACUUUGCUAUUAUGCUUUAGAGGUUCUUCCACUCUCAGUACGCAUUACAUUUUGCCUAGCAUCUAGUUCUUCAUUUUACGCUUGAGGAUGUAGAAACUAAAUAUACAAUUUGAUUUUUUGAUUUUAUUUGUACAAUUUAUUGAUAAUUGUAUCCUUGUGUCCUUCCUUUUCAUUCUCAA